GGCCAAUGCGGGCGCGGCAUUUCCCCGCUGCCCGCCUCUGAUUGGCUCCUUCCCCGCGGACCGCGGCUCCUCCUCCCCGCCGCACGCAGGGAGCCAAUGGCGGCUGCGCGCAGCGGGGCGCGGUGGGCGAUGGGAAGAUGGCGGCCGGCAGCAGCGGCGGCCCGGGCGCUCCGUGCCGGCACCACGCGCAGCUGGGAGCCUGCGAGUCCCGCGCCAAGUACCGCGAGGGGUGGCGGCCGCGCGCCGUGAAGGUUUACACUAUCAACUUGGAAUCUCGCUAUUUACUGAUACAAGGAGUUCCUGCAUUAGGUGCUAUGAAGGAACUAGUGGAACAAUUUGCAUUAUAUGGUGCCAUUGAAGAAUAUCAUGCUCUAGAUGAAUAUCCAGCAGAGCAAUUUACUGAAGUAUAUCUUAUAAAAUUCAAAAAACUGCAAUGUGCAAGGGUGGCCAAGAAAAAAAUGGAUGAACGAAGUUUCUUUGGUGGUUUGCUGCACGUGUGCUAUGCUCCAGAAUUUGAAACAGUCCAAGAAACUAGAGAGAAGUUGCAGGACAGAAGAAAGUAUAUAGCAAAAGCAACAAAUCAAAGAGACAGCUUUGUGCUAAAGAAAGUAGAAGGCCCUAAGAAGACAGCCUCAAAGAACUCUGAGCAUGACUGUCCGUGGAGUACAUUGGGAUCACAUGGAGCCAGGAACUGGGAUCCAUCCUGCUUUACAAGUUCUCCUGAGGUAUCCCACAACACAGCAUAUCCAUCUGGGAAUCAAAACCAGAGCCUGCUAACAUCUCCACACUGUGAUAACAAUUGUGCUGAAAUUUCUGGGUACUUUGGUCAAAACACAUCUUUAACUCCAAGUGUCCAUCCAGGAGGACAUACUCCAGCAGCUUCCUUAAUGCAGCACAGAACGGGCCCAGCUUACAAUGGAAUUGACAGGUUUAUGCCUCGUACUACUCACCUGCAAGAACGGAAGAGGAAGAGGGAAGAAGGUAACAAGUUUUCCCUCAUUGGAACAAGUGAGGACAAUACUGAAGUUGUUAUUGGUCCACAACUACCAGAAAUACCUAAAGUGGAUAUGGAUGAUGAGUCUUUGAAUACUUCAGCCACAUUAAUUCGAAAUAAACUGAAAGAGGUAGCAGAUUCUGUUUCAACGCCUGUGGAAAAGCCAGAGAGCACCUCAGCCAGACCACCUGUAAAGCAGAGAAGAAGAAUAUAGAUACUGCUGGCAGCAUCUUCCAACAGUCCUUUUGUAAAGAAUAUAGUUUUAAAUACUUAUUUUUUUAAUGUAAAAAUAAUACCAAUACUUUCUUUAUACUGUAUUUCCCAGUGAUUCCGUGUUAAAAAUUGUAUCAGUUUGUUCUGUGGAAUGAAGAAACCAAUGUAUUGUAUUAUUGUUGCAGUGUUGUCCUGUGUACCUCAUGUUGUAACACAUUUUAUAACUCAGGGAAGAACUCUGUUUCGGUAGGGUUAUGGAAGUAAAUUCAUUUAUUCAGUAGCUUUAACAGCAAAGGAACACUGAAGCUUAGGAGCAACUUGAAACUAUUACUGUCUUUAUCAUGAAGAAUGGUGAAGACAAAGAUCCCUUUUAAUGGUAUUCAGGAAUGGAGUUACAACUUCCAGUUACUAUUUAGGAGCUGCCCGGAAAAUUUUCUGUUCAAAGGAGAUACUGCUCUGUCAAAAAAAAAAAAAGGGAAAAGGAAAAAAGUUAGUUUUCAGUUAACUAAAGGAUUUCUGUUUAGUCAGAAAAGGUACUGAACAGAAAGGUACUGAACUGAAAUGUGUACACAGGGAAGACUGUCUCUUGCUUUUUGGUUAGGAAAGAUUAAUCCAUAGCAUUCAUGGUGUCA